UUAUAAGAAUCCACGACCACGAUCAAUGAGGGUGGGUCAACGAGUGACUUGGAAGCAAGUAAGCAACAAAAACAGCGGUAGUUACAACUUACAAUUCUCGAACUCACACGCAGAGAGAGUAGUUCAGUGUGGAGAGAUGAGUGCAUAUUUGAUAACAGCCAUUCAUCUGUUACUUGUGUUCCUGUCAUCAUCCACUUCCCUUUCGACCGUGUUCGGCUCCGAGGAGGAACAAUUCUAUGCCAAAGAAAUUCUCGGAGCAGCACAGAAGGAGAAGGAAUGGUUAGUUUCAGUAAGGAGAAAGAUUCACGAACACCCAGAACUUGCUUUCCAAGAAUACGAAACCAGUUCUCUUAUACGCAGUGAACUCGACAAGCUUGGCAUAUCUUACACAUACCCAGUUGCCAAAACCGGCAUAGUGGCUCAUCUUGGCUCUGGUUCUCGCCCCAUCAUUGCUAUUCGUGCUGACAUUGAUGCACUCCCCAUGCAGGAGCUUGUUGAGUGGGAACACAAGAGCAAAAUUGAGGGCAGAAUGCAUGCAUGUGGACAUGAUGCUCACACCACCAUGCUACUUGGGGCUGCAAAGUUGCUCAACCAGCGCCAAGAUAAUCUUCAGGGAACUGUAAGACUUCUAUUCCAACCUGGUGAGGAGGGAGCUAGAGGUGCCUUACAGAUGAUAAAUGAAGGAGUGCUUCAAGAUGUAGAAGCAAUUUUUGCAUUACAUAUCGAUACUACAACACCUACUGGAGCCAUAGCAUCUAUUCCAGGUGCAUUGACAGCAGCUGGAUGCAUGUUUGAGGCAAAAAUUGUAGGAGUAGGUGGUCAUGCUGCAUCACCCCACAAGAAUGUAGAUCCAGUGCUGGCUACAUCAUUUGCAAUUUUGGCACUGCAACAGCUUGUUUCAAGAGAAAGUGAUCCUCUUCACAAUCAAGUGCUAUCAGUUACUUUUGUCGAAGGUGGGACUGCAUUAAACGUGAUUCCAUCCUAUGUAAAAUUUGGAGGCACACUUAGGAGCCUGACAAAUGAAGGCAUGUACCAUUUCAGACAGCGAUUAAAGGAGAUUAUUGAAGGACAGGCAGCUGUGCACAGAUGUAAUGCUUAUGUUGAUUUCAAAGAAGAGUACUUCACCCCAUAUCCUGCUGUUGUCAAUGACAAUAAUCUGCAUCUGCAUGUCGAAAGAGUAGGCCAAAUUCUGCUUGGUCCAGACAAUGUCCAUGCAGCCAAGAAGGUGAUGGCAGGUGAAGACUUUGCAUUUUUUCAACAAGUGAUUCCCGGAGUAUUGUUUUCUAUUGGAAUCAGAAAUGAUAAAGUGGGAGCAAUUCACUCCCCACACUCCCCUUUUUUCUUCCUUGAUGAGGAAGUUCUUCCAAUAGGGGCAUCCCUGCACACUGCUAUUGCUGAGUUAUACUUAAAUGAGCAUAAGCAUACUAUUUAUUGAAAUUCAGAUUAUAAUUUCUGAUGAAUGCAUUGAAGAUUUUUGUAUAUUUAAGAAACAUGUACAUAUCUCAAAAGUGUUGGAUUAGUCCUAUUAUUAUGCUAAAUGGUUACACCUGAGAAAAUUCAUUACAUAUAAUUUGGUCAUUAAGUUCCA